AUGGCAGCUAAUGACGAUCCGCAAGCGCUUGUCGACAAAUACAUCGGCGACACUACCAGGACGUAUGAUGUCGCCCGAGAGGCGUUCGAGCAGGGGGUCGAGUACUUCAAGACAGAACUGACCCAUGACAAGGUCAAAAGGGAUUGGAUUGAUGAACAGACGUCUAUGCUGGAUGUCCUCACAGUCGCCAAGGACGCUCGUUGCACAUACCAAGCCUCGCGAUCCGAACAUGGACCCAUCUCGAGAUGGGCUUCAAGGCUGCCAGACCAGAUCAUGUAUUAUGGAUCCGUGCUUGACGUUUUCGUGCAAUCACAUCCAGAGGUUGCAGCGCUCGCAUGGGGGGCCAUGAAGUUUGUUCUCAUGGGUGUCAUUGACAACGCUCGCCUCUUCGCAAAGAUUGCCGAAGCGCUGACACUCGUUGGAGAGUCACUGCAGCGCGUUGAACUGUACUCAAAGCUCUACUCCGCAAGCGAGAUCCUACCAAUCAUUGCCAGACUCUACGGCCACAUUUUACUGUUCUUGAAAAAGGCAAUCAAGUGGUAUCAGGCAAACCGCUGGUGGCGUGCUUUCAAGUCGGUGUCUGAGCCUUAUGACAUUGGAUACAAGGCUACCGUCGAUCAGAUAAGAGCCUGUACAGCAUCUCUUGACACAGCUGCAGACUCGGCCGCCAAAGUCGAACUCCGCGGGGUGACUUUGAUGCAGACGCAGAGCGUGGAGAGCCUCAAUGCCGUCGACGGUAAACUACGGCAACUGCAAAACGCCUUUGCCAAGUAUGCUUCUCAGCUGUCAUUGAUGGAGGGGAAACUUGAUAAUGUUUGCCAGGUCACAAGCGGUAAGAUCAUCACACUCGGCCGUUUUCUCGGUGUCAAUUCUAAUCCUGUAUCAGGCACAUACGCACUCAGCCAUCAGAUUUCGGCCGAUGUACUUGAUAACAAGGAAAGUCUGCGGGACUUACAACUUGCCGAAAUACUCAAUGAACUUGGUUGUAGCGGAAACGCACAUCGGCGCCUGAACGAAUCCCGCGCUUUGUCGAAAAGGCGGCAGUCCUGGCAAUAUGCAGGACAGGAGUCACUCAAUCUUGUCAACACCAUUCGCAGGUGGGCGUCUUCCAACAGCUCCGCUCUGCUAGUGGUGCAGGGCAGUCCACUCACAGAAGCCAAACUCAAGGAUCUCGCUGUCAGUGUCGUGGACUAUGGCCAAGCGGCGGGUGCCAGCGCAAUCUGGGCUUUAUCGGAGAACAAGAAACCCAGAUCACCGUCGACCGACAGGACGUUGCUCUGGAAGACUCUAAUUGCCCAAGCACUUCGACAUAACCCUGAAUGCCUGAGCCACAACGGAGUGAAAUUGAGUGCUUUACAAUUCAAAGUCAACCAUAGCGAUAACGAGUGGCGGACCUUGUUCUCUCAAGUCGUCUCAAAGCUGUCGAAGUGCGUGAUUGUCAUCGAAGCGAGCGAUAUCUUCGAAGGCUUCGGAUAUGAUCCCGCCAGAGUGCGGGACUUCAUCUCCAUGUUUCAGUUGGCCGCCGAAGAAGCGGCAAAGCAAGGCAGUGCUGUCAAGAUUUUCAUCGCAAGCUACUGUUCUGAUCGGUCCGCGAUAGCAAACCUUUCUACCUCAGGACGGGCAUUCACGGCGUUCCUUGCGCGCCCGAGGCUAGUAAAUAAAAGGGCAACAAAGCGGGCUCGCGUCGUUGACAGGAAAGCGAGAAGAACCGUUGUAUUCAACUAG